AUGUCAUCCGCUACAACCAAGAGACUGCUCAAAUACGAGAGCCCAUACCGAUCUUCGCGAUUAAAUUGCGCAGCGAACAACCCCAUCGCUGUCAUGACCGCAUAUGCGGAGUCUACCGACUCAACACCGCUAGUACAAUGCAAGCCGAGGAACGCCUUCAGCCAUCAAAAUGACGAUCAUAUCGCCUACCCGGAUGAGGAAUCGUCCGCGCAACUUAACGCGGUUUUCAACAGAUUCUCGCCGGUGCUCAAGGGUGGCUGGGUCACUUACCGCCGCAAGUACCUGGAGGGCCCCACCAUCGGCAAGGGCAGCUUCGGCGUCGUCAAGGCGCUGUUCCCCAUGAGUGAUAUUUUAGCACUGCAGCAGCUGCUGCCGACCAGGUUGCAGUUGCCGGCGAAUCGCCUCAGCCAGGGGAUCAGGUGCGUUGCGAACAACCGCUACGAGUUCUGCGGCAUGCCUCUGAACCCGCCCACGAGGGCGGUGAAGAUAAUGAACAUCAAUAACCCAGAUGGGCCCACUAACGUGAAGGACACGCUGCACGUUUUCCGGGAGGUUUCCAUUGGUGCAUGGCUGGAUCACCCCAAUGUUGUCAAGGUUUCAGAAAUAUACACCAACGGUUCUGAGGACAUCAGCGACGUGGCCAAUGAAGUCUUCCACAGCAAGUCCUUCGCGUGCAACGUUCCGGACGACUGCACAAAGGUGUACUUGGUGAUGGAAUUUUGUAGCGGGGGAGACCUCACAUCGCGCCAGAUACCAGAGAUCACAAAGGACGAGACGGUCGCGCGGAUGUUUGUGCACGUAUUCCGAGCGCUAAGCUACAUCAAUACACUGGGAAUCGCGCACAGGGACGUCAAGCCUGAGAAUUUCCUGUGGUCGAGUGCAGCACCUGACGCCGACAUCAAGAUCACCGAUUUCGGACUCGCCAAUUCACCGCUGCAUACGCUCACCUCGCGCGCCGGCACAGCUUACUACGUGGCGCCGGAGAUUGUCAGGCAUGCGCCCCAAAGGCAGUAUUCGGUCCAGUGUGAUGCGUGGUCCGCGGGCAUCAUGUUGCAUGUGUUUUUGCUCGGAUACUGCCCCUUUCACGCUGAAACCGACGUAAAGACGCUUAUGCGCGUCGCAAACGAAGAAAUCGACUGGUGUGACGCGCGUUACACCAUGAUCACGCCCGACGCGUUCGACCUGCUGCGAAGGCUUUUAGUAAAGGACCCCCAAAGCAGGUUGUCCACUACGGAAGCUUUGAGACACCCCUGGCUACGCCGAGCCACCUUCGAGGUCUCCAACAUUCCAAUGACCGUCGAGGAGGCCACUGGCAUCGUGGAUGCGUUGACUGCGUUCUAUCGCUGCCCUAUACUCAAGCAGCUGGCGCUGUGCGUCAUGGUGGGGCAAGCGCAGGACAAAAAAGUGGAGGAAUGCCGCAAGAAAUACCUCUACCUGUCCAUGUUCUGCGAGAACGAAUACUUCUGGAUCAACUCGACCACGGUGGAGAAGUGGCUGCUCUGCACGCGUGAGGGGCCCGGCAGCGUGGGCCAACGCCAACACGGGGAAAGGAGGCCGAUGUACAUGUGCGCGGAGUACAUUCCAGGCUACGGGCAGGAACAAUUCGAGCCUGAAGGAUAUGCUCAGGGACCGAAGCGCCGUGUCAUCCUCAGGCAAUCGAUGUUGUGGAAGUCGGUAUCCCGCCUGAACGAGAUACUGAGCAAUUUCACCCACCACAAGAUUUCCAUCAGUUUCACGGAGUUCCUCGCCGCGCAGCUCAUGCCUCAUCUGCUGCACAGGAGCGACCUCAUUCUGGACACGUUCGCUGGUCUGCGCAGCGAAACGCCCGGGAGGAGGUCCAUACGGAUCGACGCACGCGACUUGAGAAGACUACUCAACCCGAUGUAUCAGUGCUCCAACAGCGACCUGGAAGAUGUCUUGAGGCAGACGCAGCUAGUAGCGAACUGUACAUAUCUCCGAAACCUAGAAACUGAAGAGGAAUCAAAGCUGAGAGUGUACAACCUUCUCAAGCCCGUGCUUGAGCCCAAGGCAGACUCCCAUCCCAUGAAUCUCACCAUCGACGAGUUCUUCGUGCUCAUGAAGUCAUCGCACGACAUCGACAUCAUCUUGGAGGCGCUGAGUGAGAGCAGGGAAAUGCCGCACGUCGCCUACGAGGCGGUGAAGCGGAGGAUGAUAGUGUCCAAGCUGCAGGAAAUAGAGGCCUGCUGCGCCGAGAGGAGGAAACGCAAGAAGGUCUGCAAAACUCCCCCUCAGAACUAUAUAGGUAUCGACAAGGGGGGGAAAUCGUCGACUCCCAACCGCCGGGUCCCUGCGCGAAGCUAG